AAGCUCGCAGUCCAGAUCAAGGCCACUCUCGAGAACGUCACCGACCUCAAGCCCGUCGGCGACAACUUCAACUGGAUGUUCAAGGUCAAGUGCAGCUCGUGCCGAGAGGAACACCCAAACUUUAUGGGCAUCGACGCGACCGAGAUGCACGACAUCAGCGGCUCGCGCGGCGAGGCCAACCUCGUGUGGCGGUGCCAGCUGUGCAAGAAGGAGAACAACAUCAACUUUGACGACUCGUUCAAGCGCGCCUCGGCGGCCUACACGCUCGACGACGCCGACGAGCAGCGGUGGGCGACGCUCGCCGUCCUCGAGUGCCGCGGGUGCGAGAUCAUCGAGUUUGACCCGCAAGGGACCUGGGCGUGCAAGGGCGCCGAGAGCAACACGCCGUUCGACGAGGUCGAGCUCAGCAAGGACGAGGCCGACUGGAACGACUACGACGAGAAGGUCCGCUCACCCGCUCUCUUUCUCUCGUGUGCUCUCAUGCGGGCCCGACCUGACUCUCUGCAUCCACAGGCAGGAGACUCUGUGUCGAUCAUGGACCUCGAGACUCGGAUCCAGCGAGCGUAG